UGGCUGCGGCGCUUUGCCAAGCACAGAGCCGGUUAGUCGCGUCGACUGCCCAGAGUCCGCGGCCGAAGAUCUUGCAGGAGCCAAGUGGCCAUGGCCUACCACAGCUUCCUGGUGGAGCCCAUCAGCUGCCAUGCCUGGAACAAGGACCGCACCCAAAUUGCCAUCUGCCCAAACAACCAUGAGGUACACAUCUAUGAGAAGAGUGGGACCAAGUGGACCAAGGUGCAUGAGCUCAAGGAGCACAAUGGUCAGGUGACAGGCAUCGACUGGGCUCCUGAGAGUAACCGCAUUGUAACCUGCGGCACAGAUCGCAAUGCCUACGUGUGGACACUGAAGGGCCGCACAUGGAAGCCUACCCUGGUCAUCCUGCGGAUUAACCGGGCUGCUCGCUGUGUGCGCUGGGCCCCCAACGAGAACAAAUUUGCUGUGGGCAGUGGCUCCCGUGUUAUCUCCAUCUGUUAUUUUGAGCAGGAGAAUGACUGGUGGGUGUGCAAGCACAUCAAAAAGCCCAUCCGCUCCACUGUUCUCAGCCUGGACUGGCACCCCAACAACGUGCUCCUGGCUGCAGGCUCCUGUGACUUCAAGUGCCGGAUCUUCUCAGCCUACAUCAAGGAGGUGGAGGAGAGGCCGGCACCCACACCAUGGGGCUCCAAGAUGCCCUUUGGGGAGCUGAUGUUUGAAUCCAGCAGUAGCUGUGGCUGGGUGCAUGGCGUCUGCUUCUCAGCCAGCGGGAGCCGUGUGGCCUGGGUCAGUCAUGACAGCACUGUGUGCCUGGCUGAUGCUGACAAGAAGAUGGCUGUUGCAACCCUGGCCUCUGAAACGCUGCCGCUGCUGGCACUGACCUUCAUCACAGAAAACAGCUUGGUGGCGGCGGGCCACGACUGCUUCCCGGUGCUCUUUACCUACGAUGGCAUAGCAGGGACGCUGAGCUUCGGCGGGCGGCUGGACGUGCCCAAGCAGAGCUCGCAGCGGGGCUUGACAGCCCGUGAACGCUUCCAGAACCUAGACAAGAAGGCGAGCUCGGAGGGUGGCGCAUCCUCAGGCGCUGGCCUCGACUCACUGCACAAAAACAGCGUCAGCCAGAUCUCGGUGCUCAGUGGGGGCAAGGCCAAGUGCUCACAAUUCUGCACCACCGGCAUGGAUGGCGGUAUGAGCAUCUGGGAUGUGAAGAGCUUGGAGUCAGCCUUGAAAGACCUCAAGAUCAAAUGACCCAUGAGGAGUAUGUUGCCUUCAUCCCAGCUGCUGGGGAAAUGGGGAGAGGGGAUCAGGGAGAUUAGGGUCGCUUUGCUGAAUGUUUCUAGGGUACUAGUAUGGGUCACUAUAGGGGCUGCUUCUCAAAAGGGAAGGAGACAGGCCUCAAGCAGGGGCUUUGCAGAUAAUCUUACCUAGUCAAGGAACAUGUGCCUUUUUCUUAAAUGCUUUCAUUUGUUAUAAAAAAUAUCCUCAGAGCACUAUGCUGGUCAUGAAUUGCUUCAAAACAUGGAGGUAAUAAAAAUGCAGUGGUGGACACGCUUGCCUGUUUGG